UCUCUUUGCUUUUAGGAAAGCCACUGCUGCUUCCUUCCUCUGCACUCAGAUGUAACAGGAUAAGAUGCUGAAGUUCUUCUCUGCCCGGGAUGACGAGAAUGAAAGCCUUUUAGGGGAAGUGACUGAGGAUGAAGGAGACAACCCAUCUCUCCAGGUCUCCAAGCAGCAGUGGCUGAGCAGACCCUGCCUUCUGGUCCUCAAAGAUGGAGACAUGACCAAACCUGGACUGGGCUCUAGUCAACUCCAACCGCAUUCUCCUUCCAAAGCCUCCUCACAUGCAACAUUUCGAGGCCAAUCUGGGCAAACCCCCCCGGAGCAUCCAACUAAAGCAGCUUCACAGUCCCAGCUGGAGGAAGGUAGCUGCACUGUGACCACCAUCUCCAAAUGGGGUGACAGCGACCCCUCCAGCACCCUGGUUUUGACACCUGCCAAUCCCGCUUGGCCAGAAGAGGAAGGUCAGGUGGAAGGCAUUCAGCCUCAAGUUCUGCUGUCAAAAGAGGAGUCUGUUAUUGAGGAGAAGGAAAGGGAGGAAAGUAGUUUGGAGCAGCCAGAGCAUUUCUGCAGCCUAGAUGAAGCUGCAGCAGACAUUUCACAGGACGCACCAUGCAUUAAGACCAAGGAGUUCAAGAAGGCCAGGUCAGAAGCAAUAGAUGAGGAGGGUAGUAAUAUACACACAACAAGUGGAAUAGAAGCAAAGCGGAAGAAUGUAGACCCUCCCGUGGAUCCUGAUAAUGAAUCCCAGAUGAGCUCCUCUGGUGUUCUGUCUGAGGAUCAAGGCGACGUCCUGGGAGAGGUUGCUCCAGUUUGGGUUCCUGAUGCUGAAGCGCAGGUCUGCAUGAAGUGUGGGACCAAGUUUACAUUUACCAAGAGAAGGCACCACUGCCGUGCCUGUGGCAAGGUUUUUUGUGCACUUUGCUCCAAUCUGAAGUUUAGACUAACACAUCUGGAUGGAAAGGAAGGGCGGGUUUGUGUGUCCUGCCAUUCAGCCCUCAUCAGGAGGACUCCUCCGAGAGGUAAAAGGAGGGUGUGGUUUGCAGAUGAAAUCCUCAGCAGCCAGCAGUCCGAAUCAGCUCCAACCACACCGGUGAGAGGACCCACCUUCUCACCUCUGAUGAGGCGAAUGAUGGGCGAGCCUGCUAGAAGUCCAGCUGGUUCCCCACAGAUCAGAAGAGCCGUAAAACCACAGAGGACAACAAUAAAUGAGGCCUGUGGACCUCAUGGUUGGGGCCCCACAGCCUUAGUGAGCAGCUCUGCCAACCUCAUCCCCUUAGAUGGCCUUCCACCCAUCCUCACUUCUACUGGAGUCAAAGGAGACUACACUGUGGAGGAGAAACCGUCUGAGAUGCUGCUUUUUCAGGAGCUGGAAAACAGUCGGGCCAAGCCACUUGUGUUUGUUCUAAAUGCCAACCUUCUUGCUAUGGUCAAGCUUGUGAACUAUGUAAACAGGAAGUGCUGGUGUGUGACAACAAAGGGGAUGCAUGCUGUGGGCCAAGUGGAGGUGGUGGUGCUCCUUCAGUGUCUGCCUGAAGAGAAAACUUUCCCCAAAGACAUUUUCAGUCACUUCAUCCAGCUCUACAGGGACACUGUGAGCGGGAAGGUUAUCAGACACCUGUCGCUCUUCCUGUUCGGCAGACCAUUCCUAGACAGCGAGGAGCAUGCAGGAUUCCUGUACGUUCGCUCCACUCUCCAAUCCCUUCAGGGUCUACCUCUGCCCAACCAGCCCUACCUCUUUGGUCUGUUGGUCCACAGAGCAGAGGUGCCCUGGGCUAAAGCCUUCCCCCUGCGCCUCAUGCUGAGACUAGGUGCAGAGUAUAGAUUUUACCCGUGUCCUCUGUACAGCGUGCGGCUCAGAAAGCCCCUGUUUGGGGAAAUAGGUCACACCAUAAUGAGACUGUUAGUUGACUUUAGGAACUAUCGUUACAGCUUACCAUUAAUACCGGGGCUCACUGUGGAUCUAGAGGCUCAGAAGACUCUUAUAAACAUACCGACUAGCGGGUAUAAUGAGUUAAUGAAGGCCAUAAAUAAGUCCAAUGAGCAUGUGCUGGCAAUAGGGGCAUCCUUCAAUGAGGCAGCAGAUUCCCACCUCAUCUGUGUGCAAACUGACGAUGGCCAGUACCAAACCCAGGCAAUCAGCAUCCACAACCAGCCUCGGAAAGUCACUGGAUCAUGCUUUUUUAUAUUCAGCAGUGCCCUAAAAGCUUCCUCUGGAUGCCUGGCCAAGUCUAGCAUCGUAGAGGAUGGGCUUAUGGUUCAGGUCACCGUGGAGACCAUGGCGGAGAUCCGCCGGUCGCUCCGGGAGAUGAAAGACUACACCGUCACAUGUGGGCGGCUGGACCAACCAGAGAGCCGGGAACUUGUUUGUUUACAGUGGGUGGAGGAGAAGUGCACUGUGAAUAAGGGGGUCAUAAGCCCCAUCGAUGGGAAAUCCAUGGAGUCCAUCAAUAGUACGAAGAUGUUUCAAAAGUCUGAACACAAAGAAAAUGGGAAGAUCAUUCGCUGGACAGAAGUGUUCUUCCUGGUAGGAGGCCACAAUCCCAAGAGAGGAGUGACCGACUCCGCAGAGCAGAGCCGGCUGACGGAGCGCAUCGCCCGGGCGUUUUGCCUGGCCCUGUGUCCUCACCUGAAGCUGCUAAAGGAGGACGGCAUGGCCAAACUGGGGCUGCGGGUCACUUUCAAUUCUCAUGAGGUGGGAUUUGUUGCUGGGAGCAAUGGGCAGCCUCUCCCAGCUCAGUACCUCAAUUCCCUGGAUAACGUUCUGAUUCCAGUCAUCCACAGCAGGGGCCACAAGAGAGGUGAACAGCCUUUAGUGAUGGAGCUCAUCUUUUACAUCCUGGAGGACAUUACUUAAAGAGCGUAUGCACUCUUGCAUCCACCCACUCAUUUAUCCUAGAACUCAGACCACUCCUCCAGCUCUCCUUCAAGGGUAUUAUUUUCAUCAAAAGACGAAAACCUGGAUCUCAUCCAGAGCCGGCAGCCACUCCAGCUAUUUAUCACGAGAUCCAAGUGGUCUGACUCUUAGCUGAUCUAAUGCCACCCGCUUCAAAAAUAAAAACAGGGCCCUGCAUGAUGGAUCAUCAGAACAAAGAUACUGCUGCAAUGUAGUUGGACCUCAUUAGCUUAUUAUUUGUUAUCUUAUAUCUACGCUAGGCAGCACAUGAGUUUUCAUGGUGAAGAUCUUCAAAGUGGGAACUGGAUUUAACCCCAUGACCUUAAUAUGAUGACUAUUAAAAUUAAUGUAGAAGAUAUGUUGUAAUUUUACACAGCGAAUGAAUGCUUAAAGAUUUCUUACUGCUUGGGUUUUAUUUGACUAUUCAAAAAGAGUAAUGUAUGCUUGAAAAUAAAC